AGGUCAGCUCCGGUCACUACACCGAGGAAGUGAGGUAAGGCCGGCACCGGAAGUUAUGGUGCGAAGUUUCCGUGAGAGAUGGCGGUGCAUGUCCGUUCCCGGGCCAAGCGCUAUGAGAAGCUCGACUUCCUGGGCGAGGGGCAGUUUGCCACUGUAUAUAAGGCAAAAGACAAGAACACAGACAACAUUGUUGCAAUAAAGAAGAUUAAAGUUGGUCACAGAUCUGAAGCUAAAGAUGGUAUUAAUAGAACAGCCCUUCGAGAAAUCAAGUUGUUGCAGGAACUCAGUCACCCAAAUAUUAUAGGACUCCUUGAUGCAUUUGGCCAUAAAUCCAACAUCAGUCUUGUUUUUGAUUUUAUGGAGACCGAUUUAGAGGUAAUAAUAAAAGAUACCAGCCUCGUGCUGACUCCUGCUAACAUAAAAGCAUAUAUGUUAAUGACGCUCCAGGGUCUAGAAUAUCUUCAUUUACACUGGAUUCUACAUAGGGAUAUGAAGCCCAACAACUUAUUAGUGGAUGAGAAUGGAAUUCUCAAACUUGCUGAUUUUGGUUUAGCCAAGUCAUUUGGAAGUCCCAACAGAGUGUAUACUCAUCAGGUAGUAACAAGGUGGUACAGAUCACCAGAGUUGUUAUUUGGAGCUAGAAUGUAUGGAGUUGGAGUAGACAUGUGGGCAGUUGGUUGUAUAUUAGCUGAGCUACUACUUAGGACACCAUUUUUACCUGGGGACUCUGACCUAGAUCAGCUGACUAAAAUAUUUGAAGCUUUGGGCACUCCAACAGAAGAAUUGUGGCCAGGAAUGACCAGCCUUCCGGACUAUAUUUCAUUUAAGAGUUUUCCUGGUACUCCACUCGAGCAUAUAUUUAGUGCUGCUGGGGAUGACCUACUGGAAUUGCUGCAAGACCUGUUUACAUUUAAUCCCUGUGCAAGAAUAACAGCUACUCAGGCGCUGAAGAAGAAGUAUUUUAGUAACCGCCCUGGACCAACAGCGGGACCUCAACUGCCCCAACCCAACUGCUCAACAGAAGUCUUAAAAGAGCAAGAGGCUAAGGCAGGUUUCAAACGUAAACGAACUGAAAACAUGGAGCAAGCUUUCGUCCUGAAAUUUAUUCAACUUCUCCUCCAGGAUUUUCAACAUCAGCUUCUUUUCACUAGCUGAGUCUCUAGUAUACCCAUUGUAAUCCUUGGUUCCUUGAUUUCCUCCUGCUCAACAGAAAAGGAGAUGCAGAACUGAAAAAUGCUGUGUUUUGCAUUUGAGACAAUCUCAGUCAACCACUUAAUAUGGUGUCAAGAGUGUGCUUCAUUUGAAAACCCAAGUGUACUACUUAUUUACAGAGACACUCAAUUUAAUUUGCAGUAAUGAUGGUUCCAGUGAAGUUGUAUACAAUCCAUUUAUUUCAUGCAGUCUCUCCACCUAGAUUUAUUAUUGAAUAUAAAUUCAUUUUCAUUAAUAGCCAGAUGUAAAUGUUGUUGCACU